ACUUUCACACGUUUAAAUGAUUUUUAUACAAAAACGACUAUAUUUACAAUAAGCGAAGAAGAUUAUUUACAGCUAACAUCCAAUACAAUCUAGUAUAAUCCAGUAUUUAGUCCAGUAAACUGUAUUAUAGUAAUAAUUACUACACUUUAGUGAUGUAUACUACCGUAUUCUUUAGUAUUACCGUUAGUGAAUUGAUCAACUGUACUUAAUACUCUAAUAUACUUUAAUAUUUGCUCUAGUAAGAUUCAAUUACAUCGUAGGAAUCUGACCAAAGUUUACUACAGUAAAAACUAAAGCUGCAGACAGACAUGGAUCUAAGUGAUUUUGAAGCAGAUAACUCUGUGAGUUGCCGCUUGUCCUCAUCCAUCCCAGAUGUUUGUAAAACAGAUGAUUGCUGCCUGGGCAUCGAUGAGGCGGGCAGAGGGCCAGUACUGGGCCCUAUGGUGUAUGGAAUAUGCUUUUGUCCUGUAUCCAAAAAGGAAGACCUGAAAAAUUUAAAAGUGGCAGACUCGAAGACAUUGACGGAGGCAGAAAGGGAGAACCUUUUUAUGAAGCUCAACGAGGCCAAAACUUUUAUAGGUUGGGCCCUUCAAAUCCUCUCACCCAACACCAUCUCCACGAGCAUGCUGCAAAGAGCGAAAUACAAUCUAAAUGCUCUCUCGCACGAUGCUGCUAUUGGUCUGGUGCAGUAUGCUUUGGACUGUGGGGUGCAGCUCAAAGAGGUUUUUGUGGACACUGUGGGUCCUGCAGAAAAGUAUCAGGACAAACUCUCACAGCGGUUCCCCGGCAUUGAGGUUACGGUUCGUCCUAAAGCUGAUUCUCUCUUUCCCAUCGUCAGCGCUGCUAGCAUCUGUGCCAAGGUUGCUAGAGAUCACGCUGUCAAAUCCUGGAAGUUUGCGGAGGAUUUGGGUGAUGUGGACACAGAUUACGGCUCUGGAUAUCCCAAUGAUCCCAAAACUAAAAGCUGGUUGCUGAAGUAUCUGGACCCAGUGUUUGGUUACCCUCAGUUUGUGAGAUUCAGUUGGAGUACGGCGCAGACGCUGAUGGAUAGCAAAGCUGUUCCUGUCCACUGGGAUGAUGAUGAGGAAGAUGGGGAAAAAGCUGCCGCUCGUCAGAACAACACAUCCAUGCUGUCCUACUUCAGUCGCGGCAAGCCAGCCGAGCUCACACAUUCACGAGACACACACCGGUUUUUCACUGAGCGUAAACUACAGAGCAUCGAUACGCUUUGAACACAAAUACAGUUGAGCUGUGAACCAGUGUUUUCAGUUCUUGUUUUUAAUGGUGGUGUUAUUUUCUUUAUGUAAACUGAAUAAAGGUCAAAUCAUUUCA